AGCCAAAUUCGAGUUAUGGAAAAAUUAAUUGCCGGUGUCAACCGCUGUUUGAUCUAUCAGCGCCAAUUGUCACAACAUCUAGCCGAGCUGGAUCGCAUCAUGGAGGACAGUUUCUUUGAGAACCCCCAGAAGAGUUUUGUGAAGCAUAGGCAGUGGUUACGUAUGCAGCCUCCUCCUUCAGGAAUGAUCUCGUCGCGGACCGCACCAGCUGCGCCAAACCCGAAGAAGCGUGCAGCCUCGCCAAUGACGGCAUCUGUGCGUUCCGGGAAUGCCAGCUUACGUGAGAUCUCCAGUGCAAAAAUUGCAGCCAAUCGCCUGCUGGGGAAGCUCUCCAGCUGCCAAAUGCGAUUCCGUCAGGCCUAUGGCCUCGGAAUGCGCUGUUGCGCCUCACAGGCGUCGGCCGCUUUCAAUGCGAAUAAGGAACAAAAUUUAUUGGGGGAGCUUGAAAUGGACGAGGACGAGCAGAGCUUGGAGGAUGCGGUUGAGAAAAACCUCAAGAUGACUCGCGCCAUUUGGGAACUUCUACAAUCAGAUAAGCCCCGCAAGCAUAAUAAGUGUGUUGCCAACUCGGGAGUGCACUUGGAUCUGCUCAAGAAACAUCACCAUCUGUUGCCGCAAAAGAAUCCAACAACAACUGCUGUGCGGGUGCCUCCAUCGCCAUACCUGCCAGCUGCCCCUCCGCCCCCAGCCCCCACUCCUGCCUCCACUCCCAAUCAGACGCGCAAAAUUCGCAGCUUUGUGGCAACAAAUGCGCGUCUGGCGCUUCCGAAGUCCACGGAGCUGCUGCGCCCAACAAAAACAGCUGUGCAGGGACAUGGACUGUCAACGAUGUCGAGGCUGUCCGCGAGCUGUCGGAGCUGCAAUUUUUGGCGGGUCUAAGGCGCUUCCACAUGGAGCAAACACAUAAGCAAACAAUUGUCGACAAUUACUUUUUAGAUAUUGCAAUAUGCACAACAUUU